AUGAUCAACUCUCCCACAUCUCAAAAAGGUGUUACCAUGGAUUUCAUCAAAGAAAUCUCUGAAAAGGUUUCACGAUUAAGGAAUUUAAGUAACUCAAAAAGCAUUGCUGCUUUGGAAGUACAAAUAAAAGAAUUAUCAGAUUCUAAAACUUCGAUGUCAGGGUUCACAUCUCGAGAGAUUUCUUAUUUGAAUGAAAAAACUGACUCUUGUAUUGAAGUGCCACCACCUAAUGACUUGGAAGCAAUGAGCGGAUCAGGAAUUCCUAAUGAAUCACAGAAAUAAAAUGGUGAGGUUGGCAGAAAUUGGCUUCAGAUGCGCAUUCCCUAUGGAGAAGAUAGAAACCAUUCAGAUGAAGCUGAAAGCAGGUCUUUUGAAGUCGACUUUCGGGCUUGGGGUGUCUUUCCGAAGAGGGAAGUUUUGUUUCUUCCCUGAAGGUUUUUCCUGCCUAUGCACUCAGCGUAGGCCACCUUUCUUGGAGUGAAAGUAGUCUGGCUAGUGGGGAUCUCACUUAUGGCCGUGCAAAAUCUUAAUCUUAAUCUAAUGAUUCACUUAAUAUAACAAUUAGCAGCUCUGAUGCAUUCUCUGAUAAAGAAUAUGACCCAAUAGGUGACCAUGAAAAAAUCAAAAAGCGGCAUAAAGAUCUUUGCAAAGCUGUAAAAGGACAGCUUAGCAAUUUAAAAAAGAAAAGCGAAGAAAAUAUCAAUAAUACCAAGAAAUUUAAUAGCGAAAUAGGAUUUUAUAAAGAUCAACUGACUGAUAUGAAAAAAUCUGUUACUGAUUUAUUGGAAGAAGCUGAGCACACAAAGGAAUAUUUGAGUAGCUUAAGAGGGCAUUUUGAAUCAGUGACCGAAAAUUUGCGAGAUAAAGAAGAACUUAAUAAAGAAGUAGAAUUUGAUAUUAGCGAUAUAAAAUCAAGCCCUCCUCCUGAUCAAGCCAACAUAUUGGAUAUGAUAAGACAGCUACAGGCAAAAACAAAUCUUAUGAAACAGAAUAUUUAUUGUAAGGAAACCGAGCUUGUUUAUCGAGAAGAAGAAAAUAAAGAGCUCAAAGAGCUAAUUGCAAGGCUUGGAAAGAGUUUAGUGGACACAGAGCCAAAACUAGAAGUUGAAGAGCAAAGUUCAAGCUGCCAAUGCAUUAUAAUUUAA